AUGAGGUUCACCUCAGCACUUCUAACCUUAGUCCUAGUCAUUAGCAAUGGAACAGCUUUACCAGAGGUCGAUGAGCCUUUGAUGAAUCGGAAGGUUGAUACAGGUUUGACCGUUGAGCAGUUUGAUGGUUAUGUUAAUUUGCUACAGAUGUUUAAAGAUAUGCUUCCGAAGGAUUUGAUGAACACACUAGAGAGUUUGAAUGGAGGAGAGAAGGGGGAAGUCAUUGCCCUGAUAACUAAUUGGUUCCAAGGAAACGUGAAGAAACCAGAAAAUCGUGAAGAAGUGGCUCAGUUUCUGAAAGAUAAUCUUCCCUCGGUAUCUACCAAGAUAGAGAAGCUCAAUGCGACAUUUUACGAAAAGUUCGAUAAACUGAAGCCAAAAACGCAAGAGAUGUUACGCUUGUGGAGAGAUAAAGCUGUCAAUAUAACCGGAAGUAGUACAGGAGAAGCUGCAGCGCGACAAUUACAGUUGAUGAGAGAAUUCGGAUUAGCUGUACAAACAUUGGACCCAGAAACGAAAGAAGAUCUUCGAAGUCAAUUUCCUACUGCUGUUAAGCUAACAGAAGGUCUUGGAUUUACAGUAAUCACAACGAUCAUGAUGAUUGGUGAGAAGAUUGCUGACAGUCUCACUCCAUUGUCAACUGUUGCACCAAUAAUGGAUUGUCCCGUUGAAUAA